UUUUACAAAUUUUUCAAACUUUCUUUAAAAUAAGGAAGCUUGUGGGUUUAGACUUAUAAACAUAUAAAAAUGAGAAACUUUGUAAACUUGGUUCAAACAGCAUUAUUUCUUAUCUUUAUUGUUUGUGAAGUAGAAAGUGAGCUCAACUUACGUCCGGUAUUAGGGAUUAUCACACAAAAAACAAGUGAAGUGUUUGAACCGCUGGUUCCAUAUAACUCAACUUAUAUUGCUUCCUCUUAUGUUAAGUUCUUGGAAAUGGCAGGUGCAGAAGUUGUACCAAUUAUAUCUACUUGGAAUAAAAAACGAAUAGAAAGAGUUAUAAGAAAAGUAAAUGGAGUUUUAUUACCAGGAGGUGCUGCGCCGUUCAAUGAAUCAAGCUACUGGGAUGCUUCAGUAAUUGCUUAUAAAGUUGCAGUAGAAUUGAAUAAUAAAGGUGUUUACUAUCCAUUGUUUGGGAUAUGUCUUGGCUUUGAAACAUUGCAUGAAAUUGUUGCGCAAGAGAAUUCAACCAGCUUUUUCGAUUCUGAGAACCUCACGAUACCAUUAAAUUUCACUCAAAUGGCAUACAAAAGUCGAUUGUUUAAAGAUAUGAGUAAGGAACUUAUGCAAAGUCUCUUAUUUGACAACAUAACAUUAAAUAUGCAUAAAAUGGGUGUGAGCAUAAAAACAUUUCAAAAUAAUGAAAAAUUAAAAAAAAUGUUUCAAAUACUUUCAACUAAUUUGGAUAGAGAUGGGAGAGAGUUUGUUUCAACGGUUGAGGGAAUAAAAUAUCCAUUUUAUGGAACACAAUGGCAUCCCGAAAAGAAUAUAUUUGAAUGGACACCAUUUCAAGCCAUAAACCACGGCCCAACAGCUGUUAAAGUAACACAACAUUUUGCAAACUUUUUCGUCAAUGAAGCAAGAAGGAAUAAAAACAAAUUUGCUUCUGAAGAAGAGCUCGAGAGUUUAUUAAUUAUGAACUAUAAACUUAUUUGGGGUGCUGGUGUUUCAGCUUUUGGGCAAAUUUAUAUAUUUCAAGAUGAAACUUUUCUUAAAAUUAAGAAGAACAAAAAACUUAAGAAAAUUAAUAGUCAAAUUGACAAAAAAUAAUUUGUUAUUAAAUUUUUGAAGAGUUAUUUUGCAGGAUUGAAUCUUUAAUAAAAGAUUCUUUUUUAUUUGUAUUGCUGCAAAUUGUGUAAAAUAACAAUAAACAAUCUUAAAAUUACGGAAUAGCAAUCCCGGAAUAUCAAAAUCCUGGAACCUGUACAAAUUGUUGAUCUCGAAAUCUCGGUGUUAGUUUCAAAAGUUUCCCGGGAUUUUGAGAUCAUAAUUAAAAAAGUAAAAAUAAAAAAUGUUUAAUCUUAUUUGAUUAUUUGUACAUCACAAAAUUUUUAGUGAAUAUAAUAUUGGUAUAAUAUUUAUUUUAAAGCUA